AUGGGCAAGCACAGCCUCUACACGCGGGAGUGGGGCGAGGUGCAGAAGAUGGUGCAGAAGAUGGUGGCCCACCCCGACUACGACCCCACCACCAAGGACAACGACAUCAUGAUGCUGAAGCUCCUCACGCCCGUCACCCUCACCGACAGGAUCCAGCCCAUCCCCGUGGCAUCCUGCCUCCCACAGCCCGGCACCACCUGC